AUGGACGAUAUCGAUAUCGCACUGUGCCCGGUUACGGCAGUAUCGGACCGGCACGCAGAUAUGGAGGUAAAAUCGAAUGCCAUCGUACGGUUUUCCAUCGUUCAAAGUGCGGUCCCGUUCGGUCGGUUAAAGUGUAACACCAAUCUCAACAUGCCACCGUCGAACUGGCUCAGCAAUUCGGCCAACUCGUACGGCUUGGGACAGUUCCUAUCGCAUCAGGCCGGAUUCAGCAGCUUUCGGAUGGCGAACAUGUUCCCGGACUGUGUAGGCGGGGUGGAUGUGGUGUCGGAUGCGGAAAAUAUCAAACGAUUGCUCAAGCUGCCGUACUCGCCCAAGAGCGUCAUAUCGAUGAUUGUGCAUCGAAUCGAAAAUACGCUGCUGAUUGACGAGUUCGAUGUGGCCAAAUACUUGCUGCGCCAGGAGGAGAGCGAGUGGCAGUGGUUACGAUCGUUUAUCUACGAAAACAUUCUUAAAAGUCUGAGUGACAAUGAGCGGAAGCUGUUCCUCCACCCGAAAACACGUGAAGCGUUCCAGCAGAAGUAUCUUACGUCCAAGUUUCUCUACCACAGUUUGCAGUCGGGCGAAAAGGAUGAGGCAACGGACGAGCUGACCUAUAACGGGCCGAACGAUUGUGCACCGUACAAACCGUUACCCCUGGCCGGUCCGGUUCUACCGGAGCCGUCGAAAGAGGAAAAUCUUCCCGAUGCGCAGCAGACGAACCACGUGUUUAAUAGGAACGUUAUUUGGACAUUCGAAGACAUCCGCAUGCUGAUCGGCACAGAUAUGCCCAUCUUUGGCGGAGCAAAUAGACCUUGCAUAAGCCUUCGGUUGCGCGACGAAACGAAACCGAUCAACGUGCUCACCGGUAUCGACUACUGGCUGGACAACCUGAUGUCCAACGUGCCAGAGGUGGUCAUGUGCUACCAUCUGGACGGUAUCGUUCAGCGGUAUGGGCUGAUAAAGACGGAAGAUUUGCCACGGCUGGAAAAUUCCGAAUUCUCACCACAACUCAUCCGCAACGUAGCCCAAAACAUACUGGCCUUUCUGAAGGCGAACGUCACGAAGGCGGGUCACACGUACUGGCUGUUUAAGGCUCGGAAUGACGAUGUGGUUAAACUGUACGAUCUGACCACACUGUGCAAGGCACACGGUGGCACUACCGAUGGAGACGAUGACGAUAACGAAGAGCUACCGCCCGAGGAACCGGAUGACGAGGAUGGUGUAACCGGUGACGGGACACCAAAGUUGCCCGCCACCGGUGGGUCUCCAAACGGACAGAAUCCAUUCACCGUGCCAGUGGCGAUGUUACUCUAUACGGUGGCGAGAAACAUGAAAAACUCCAUCGAAGGUGGAAACCUGUCGGCCUCUAAGGCUGGUGCAAUCCGAACCUUGCUCAAUAAUUGCAUCAAACUGUUGCCGAAGGAAAAGUAUCCACAAAUCGUUACCUCGUCACACUAUAUCCUCUCGGAUUUGCACAUUCCUGCCGAUACCGAUCCAGGAUCCCCCAAAUUUAAUAACGCCGUUGAUGAAGAGGAUGAUGAAUCGGCUUAUUUGUUCGGAGAACGCAUCUCGACGCCCUCAGAAAAUGACCCCGACACCGAAGACGAUGGUCACGGGUCGAAGGAGAACAUUACGACCAACGGGGACGAUGGUGGUAACGGAUGCAACGGAAAACUGGAAGCUGCCAUCAAGAGCAUCCAGGACACACUGAAAGAGUACAAGGCAGACGAGCGUUUCGGCAAACACAAUUCCCGCCCGGAGCCACUAGUGUGCGACACGGCGGAACGGUGUCACACCGCACUGCAGCACAUUGUGGAUGGGUUGCAGUGUCUGCAGUACUUCGACAGCUACGAGGAGCAAAAGCAGAAGGAGAAGGAAAAGGAAGCCGAACGGCGCAAGAUUAUCCACGAAGAGAUGCACCAGAAUAUGGCCAAAUCGGACAGUGCGAUCCCGUUACCGUACGAACCGAUCGGUGGGGAGCCGCGUCCGGUCGAUCCCGAUCGGGUCAUUCCGAUGGGCUGGAAGGGAAAGGAUGUGGGGGAGAAUCGGAACAGUGGGCUAGAGGAGGAAAAAUCUAACCAUGCCAAGGGUGGUAAGAAACGUUCGAAGCGAAAGGAACGGAACCACGGGAAGGCGGGAAAAGAAGAUCAGCCCAAUGCGCCACACGUUGCCGAAAUAGACCCGCGAGCACUCCUACUGAAGGGACAAAUUGGUGUGAUAAAAUCGUGGAACGUACAUCUCAAGAUUCUACUUUUCGAGAAAGCGUGUCUUGUGUACGCGACCAUGGCCGAGCAGCACUAUGCCCAGCAGCGGUACGGUACUACCCUGCACCAUCUCUACUCUGCCAUCCGGUGCCAGCAGGUAGUGACAAAGUACAUCUCCUCCGUCUCAUCGCAGCGCAGUCUGCUGCUUGGCCGAGCGGGCGAUUGCUUUUUCCAGCUGGCCAAACAGUGGGACCAUAUUGGGCAGUAUAUGGAGCAGUUCCGGGACGUGCACCGGCUUGACCAGCUGAUCAUGGACGAGCUGGUAAAGGACAUUGGCACCGAGGUGGAAAACACUCUCCCUGUUCCGACGGAAAACGUCGAGCAGCUGAUGGUUACCAGCUGCGGAUGUUAUGAGACAGCCAUCGCUUGCGCGUCAAAAGAUUCGCAGGAUGAGCUACGGCGUCGGUUGGGAAGCGUUCGAAACGAGCUGGGGGUAAAGUAUAUGCACUGGGCGCAAGAGGAGUACCACAAGUACUGGGAGGGCGAGCCAGAAGCACAGACUGAUGGGGAGAGCGGAACAAAGGAGAAUCCUCCCGGCGGAGAGCCAUUGUAUCAGCUUUUGGCGAAGAAAUCGUAUGAUUCGUUACAGAAAGGUGUGACGCUGUUUGAAGCGGUUAACGACACCACAAAUUUUGCGUUUCUACUCUGCAACAUGGGACGCUUUAUGCGAUUCCGAGCGCAUAUCCACUUGGUCGGCGAAAGUCCUAAUAAUGUGAACAUACAGAAAAAAUUCUACCACGAAGCGUUCACCUACUAUCAGCGGGCUCUCGGGACGCUUGGGUCGCGCAAGGAACAUCCGGAUCUCUGGUCGCUCGUCACGUGGGAGCUUUCCACUGCCACCUUUAAUCUGGCCAAGCAACUGCAGGAUCACAACGUGAUCAGCCCGGACGGGCAGGGCCACCAAUCGCAGGAGGAGGUCGAACAGGAGGUGGUGGAAAUGUUGCAGCGGGCGCUCAAGUUGUGCGAUCAGGACAACAGUGGACCGAAGCAAGUUCUUUACUCAUUCCGUGCCGCCCUUAUUCAUCAUCGGAUCGCCUCGUACUACCACAUGUCCUAUCGCUCGGCCGCCGACGAACACCGGAGAAAAACGAUCCUGCAGCUAACGAAACUGCACUACGAGAAGGCUGCCAAAACAUUCGAAAGUCUCGCCGAGCCGCAGGAAUUCCUUCAGAUCCAGAUGGAACGGAUUGCGCUGCAGGAGUACCAGUGCGAACAGGCACCAACGACGGCCGCCAAAACGCGCCAUCUGCUGGCCGCCCUGGACAUGUGCAAACAGGCGCAUCCACUGAUCGAGCAACUGGCCUCGACCAAAGGGCAGGGUAUGGACGAAACGCCAAGCGUCCCUGGCGCUGACGGAAGCGGUGGCUUCGGAGAGAUACAAAAACUACUGGAACUGUUCGAAAAACGACUGCAGGUGAUGCUUCGUACGCUCACCAAGCUGGCGCUGAUGGUGGCGGGUGGCAAGAAGGACACCAAUGACCGCACGACCGAUCGAACCGCUACCCACUACAAGACGCUGUUUGCUGUGGCCCUGCAGAAGCGUCCGGCCAAAAACGCGGAAGAUAUCGCACGGGACGGUGCUGAGGUGAUUAGAGAAUAUGCCUUACAUUUAUCGUGUAUUUUACGGAAAAUUUGUGACCUUGAUCGCGCUUACCUUGAGACGCGAUGAAAAUGGUUGUACUACUGCCAAGAAGGGUCAGUUAAUGCUGGGGAAGGAAGGUAUGCUGAAUACAGUCAGUUCGUUGCGGGAUCUUCACUUUUGUUUUCUAAAAUAAACCUAUGAAACCUA